AGGAAGCCAAGAAGCAAGCAGAACUGCAUCCCAAUCCAAUCCAUCCCAAUCCAACCUGAUCCAAUCCAAGAUCGUCGUGGUCCUUCUGAAAAGUGUCGGUCGAAGCGGAUCAUAGCUUGCUAGGCGAUGGCCCCGAGCGCGUCGAUGCUGUUCCUGAGCUACCACCAGCUCCACCACGGCCCCGCCGACGCGCCACACGGCAAGGACGGCGCCGGCGCCGGCACCGGCGGCUUCAGGUUCGGCCUUGGCAAUGUCUUCUUCUCCCUCGGCGUCCUGGCGCCGAAGCGGCGGGAUGCGGCGGGGCACGAAGGGAAGGAGAGGCCGCGUCGGGCCGGCGGCGAGGAGGAGGAGGAGGAUGAGCCCGCCACGCUGGCGAGCAAGUUCGACGAGGCCGUGCGGCUCAGCUGCUGGUCGUCCUGAAGCCUAUCUUAAUGAAUUUCCGCGUGCUCCUGUAGCUUCUGCCUCUUUGGCCGUUCAAUCAUGUGCCGUGCCGAUCGUUGACAAUGGCAGCAUAUGUGUAGAUAAAAUGUGACUGUGCAUAUGAAUUUCCCUUCUUUC